AUGGUAAGGGCCCCAAAGUUAGUGAACUACGUGGGUUCUCCGUUGACGGUGCAUGCAUUGAAUGGUUACGUUUACACAGGGACGCUGCUAGCCAUUGAUAGGCAUAUGAACAUGGUUAUUUCGUCUUGUUGCUGCCGCGUUAAAGAAAGUGCCCGCAGCCUUGGCUUGGUUGUUCUUCGGGGCGAGGAGGUGGCAUUCUUUACACAGGAUAAGGAUGUUAUCCCUGUGAAGCCCUCCACAUCAAGCGCAACCCAAAGAGUAAAGCCUGCGCCACCCCAAAGGCCUACGAUAACGGAAUCUGCACACAAGUCCGCCCCUACAAAGCCCACAAAGCCCUCGUUUGUCAUUCCAGGACUUGGGCGUGUAGCCAAAAGCAAAGUCAAAGGGUAA